AUGAUGGAUGGUAACAAUGGUUACAUCAAUCAGAGAAGGAUCAACAACCGGCAAAGGAAUCAAAUCAACGAUCGAUUUUCGGAAUAUGUUUUGACUAUAGAUAGUACCGCUGGAAGUCAAAAUCCUCCACCACAUCCUCGCCCGAUGGGUACUCCAUCUCCAACCUCAGCUCCUCCAACAUCUGUUGGCCAACCCAAUUCAACCAGUAAUCCAACUUCGAUCAUCGGUCCGGGCCCUCCUCAAGUGGAGGCUGUGAGAGAAAAUCACAUUCCAGCUUUGGCCAGCCAUCGGGCUGACAUUAUCAACACUGCUCCAAACAAUACGACCAACCAUCCGGACGUACUCCAAGUGGACGCUAAUCUUGUUGAUAUGGGCCCCAUCAAUACAUCCAACCAUCUGGUUCCACUCCCUGUGGAGGCUUCUCUUGUCGAAACGGGAAUCAAUAUGGCGAAUCUUCCAGAUCCUCUUCCAGUGGAGGCUGCCGAAAAUCCAAACGAGAUGGAGGCUGCCAACAACCCCAACGAGAAUAGAAUUAUUUGGUCCAAGCGGCCAUUCAAACCAAUAGAGCUGUAUCCCCACAUGCUUGGCGAUGAUCCUGACCGAAAACCUACUCCAGAAGAACUCGUCCAAGCUAUGGAGAUUGCUGCCCAAUUCCACUACUUUCAUCAUGGGAAAGUCAUUCUUACAGACCGGAGGGAAAAAUCGAAAAUCAUCGCAGUGAUUGAAUUCACCCCGAUCGACGAGUUGACACCCGAAGAAAUCGCAGAAAUAAAUCUGGUCACAUCUUUCCUUAAAGCAACCACUGAAUUCAUCAAUGUGGUUGGCUCUGAUUCCCGCUCCUGGUUUGGCCGCAUGUGGGCCAUAGGGUGGAGGAAAUGCAUGGAAGCUUACGAACUAAUAGGACGAUACCGGAACAGGCAAGCCAUAAAGAACAAUCCUGAAACUUACGACCGUGUGAUGAGAUCAUUGGCCACACCUUGUUCAAUCCUUGGCCGAAUGCUUCGUCGAUUGGCCAACGUGGUAUUUGAGGAAAACCAAGAAUUAAUGGUUCAGAACUCCAUUCCAUCAGUUGCCUCACUCGAAUUUGAUACGCCAUUGAAUGAAGAUGACUGCGUACCCAAUCUCACAUUCACCGUUGAUGGAUUCUGCAACCAGCCACACAAAGACGACAAGGAUAUCUCUGAGUUUGCAUUUGGCCUUUUUCUUCCCGUCUUGAAGGAAAAUUGGCAUCUUAGUACUUUGCCCCUAGAUCCUUGUUACACUCGAGGUUCAUUUGUCUUUCCAGACCAACGAUGCGGUCUGGACUUAUCCCGAUGCAACGGCAUUGUAAAGAUGGUCUGGCGAGCGAACGAGUAUAGACAUUGUACAUUACCAGCCACAAUGCGUAGCACAGAAAUGCAAGUUGGGAUUUCAAUGCAGAUCAACGAACGAACUGCAAAAACCUCAAGGGACACUGCAAGUGGUGAAAUAUUCCAACGGCCAUCCAAUCUGAAGAAGCCACGAAAUUUUCUCUAUGUUGGGGGUCAUCAGAAUCUCAUGCCAUUUUUGUCUCCUGGUACUUCACACUGA